AUGGCGUCCGGAGUCGGUGGAAAGAAGAAGGGCAAAGGCGCGAUCGAUCACGAGCAGAUUAUAAUGCAAUUCAAUCAAAUGAGGCAGGAGUACAGGGGUAUUAUGGGGAAAAUAGGAGAGCUCGAAAUGGAAGUCAAUGAGCAUGGGUGAGAACCGAUUUAAAAAUCUCUAUUAAGAUAUGUCAAACUGAUAAGCGUUACGGGAAUGUCAAACAAAGUUGGACAUUAAACCUUAGGUCUGCCUUGUAUAAACUCUUUGAAGAAGUUGUAACAUUUAUGAAAGAAAUUUUCGACGGCUUUCAUCAUUAAUAUACUUAACUAUUGCCAUUUUACCCUAAAAUCGGUUUCACUGUUAUCGACUCCACGUGGUUUUGAUAGGCACACACCUAAAAACUGUUAUUCCCUUCCUUUAGUUCGCUGGGGAUUUCUUUGGUAAUUAUUGAAGUAAUUACACUUACGAUUUUUAGUCAGUUACUGUGGUAUUUGAUGUUUUGAUCCUUUUUCAAAUCAAGAUUUCCCUCUUCGUCUUGUUUCGUUUUCUUUCGCAAGUUUAAUUUCUAAGUAACAAAUGACAGCCCCCUUUUUGACAGGCUGACUUGACCCUUUCACUCCCAAGAUCUAAUUAGUAAUUCUCCUUACUAUCUGCCAUACAAUUCUUAUGAUGGUAGUUCAGAGAAUUUGGUAUUGGAUCAACUAAUAAUCUCAUAAUUGAUAUUCUUCUCUAUUCUCAUCACCUGCCUGCUUGAUAUUGUAUUGAUAUUGUAAGGAGAAAUUCUGUCUUGGUCACCUGUGAGAGUUAAAUGGUUAAGGCAUAAAAGUAGAAUUGGGGCAUUGAAAUAUAAAUAUAUAAAGUGAAAACACGUAGGCCUUAUGCUAGAUUACCUCUUGUUUGUACCCUGCAGAUCCGCAAGGUUUCAGUGGAAAUUAAGAGUAAUUAAUUAUUGUGAGUCUCUGACUUGAAAAUAAUUGGCUUUCAUGUUCUAUUUUAAUUCUUUACAAUAGGUUCUUUUCCAAAUCUUGAGUUCUGGUCAAGAGAGAAAAUAGGCAAAGAACAAAUUAUAACAGUUUGCAAAAAGAUACUCAGGUGAAACAUUCCCAAACACUUGAUGAAAGUGGUAAUUAAUUUACCAAACUCUUUCUAUUUGUAGCAUUGUGAUUGAGGCACUGAAAGGUGUAGAGCCUGAUAGACGCUGCUUCCGAAUGAUUGGUGGAGUAUUGGUGGAGAGGACAGUCAAGGAUGUUCUCCCAGCACUGGAAAACAACAAAGAACAGGUUAGGACAUUUUCCUGCAGAACUAGAAGGGGACAUAAAGGUUAUCAUACAGAAUUAUGCAGAUGCUGAGAUGUUUGGUGACUCUUCCAGAAUGUCAUGCGAGUUAGUUUUAGAGCAUCCCCUACAGUUUCAUCAGGUUUUCCCUAAAAGUUUGGUAGUAAACAUUUUAUGCCUGGAUGGAGAAGCACUGCAAAAGUUAUAUCUUAUCCCUAAGAACUCAGCUUGGUGCUUACAUGCCAAUCUUUUGAUCCUGAUCUGUUUUAUUCCCUUGGCCCCAGUUUUUCAAAGGUUGGAUGGCACUAUCUACUGGAUAAAACUCUAUCCAAUGGAUAACACAAUACAUUUUGCUAUCACUUAUCUGUUGGAUAGCGUUCUGAGCCCUUUAUACAACUGGGCCCUGGAGUUUAUCAGUCUUGGUACAGUAAAAGUACUACUCAGUGAUAGCAGCCGUCAAACAAACUUUACAUCCCUUUCAACCUUGCAUUCCCCAUUCAUACUUUAUGGUAAUUGUUUACAUGCAAACCAUGUAAGUCAUAUGUUAAAAGGGCAGGUAUGGGGAUGUGUAACUUUCAGUGAGGACCAAGAUGUUUAAUAAGAUAUUUAUUGUCUACUGUAUGUACGAAGAGUUUCAGAAUUGAUUUCAAGUGUCAUUUAAUGGAUUCAAAUGGCUUAUGCACUUUGAUAGCAAAAGGAAUCAAUUUCCAAUUGGUUGUUAAUCAUUUACGUGGUUUCACACAGUCUAAUCAACCAAAAAGAUUUGGACUUCACUUUCACACCACAGUUGAGAACAACUGUUCACAAAUACAGAGAGAUUUUUGCAAAUUAAGGUUUAAAUUUUAGAGGGUGGUAAAGGAGAGUGUGGCCAUUUGACCCUUUAACUCCCAGAUCAAUUUUGUAGUUCUCCUUACUGUCAACCAUACAAUUCUUAUAAUGUUAGUUCAGAGAAUUUAGAAUUCGAUCAAAUAAUUAUCCUCAAAUUGAUUUUUUUCUUUAUUCUCAUCACUUAUCUGGUUGAUAUUGUAUAGAUAGUGUAAGGAGAAAUUCUGUCUUGGUCACCCAUGGGAGUUAAAGGGUUAACUGACCUAUCACGGUGCCAAUGAGAAAAAGGGAUAAAAUAAAAAUGAUUUCUCUCUCACUGUGAUGUUCAUCUUCAGAUUUCAGGCCUCAUUAACAAGUUAAAAGACACUCUCACUGCCAAAGAGCAAGAACUUACGGCAUUCAAAGAUAAACACAACAUCCGUGUCAAGGGAGAGAGAGAAAGUCAAUCUGAGGAUUCUGUACAGACUGCUGAUAAGACUUCAGGAGUUCUGGUGGCACAGGACAAUUCAUAA